CUGCCGUCUUCAGUGAUCAUGGGAAAACGACAUUUCGCACUCCAGUGAGGUGACUCCCAGCACUUGUCAAGAAAACAGUGAGGAAUCUCACCAGAAGAGUCGCAUUUACCCCGGCUUUUAGGGAUCCGUAGAUCGGAGUCAAAACGUUGUUGUACUCUUGUCAUCCCCUCCUUUGCCGAACGUGGGGCUCUCCUCCAUCGCCUUCUAUACAAAUCCAUCGUCUCACCACCACAUCUAUACUGUCCUCAUAUUGCCGUCGCUUCCUCUUAGUGCUUGAAAACCGAUGCCACCUUACACUGCCAGACAUAUUAUAAGUAUCUCUAGUCUAGCUUUAGCAGGUUUUGGAGGCGCGUACCUUUGGCAACAACGUCAACAAAAAAGGAAUUAUUUCCAGUCACAGUCAUCCCCGGCUGCUCCCAAAUCAUCAACCCCGAAGAUAGCAGGCAACAUGGCUUCCAUCACAACCCCUUUUCAGACCCUCUUCGCGGUGCCCAUGCACUGCGAAAGCUGCGUUAACGACGUCUCAAGCGCCCUCUACAAGCUUCCCGGAAUCACCAAAGUAGAAGCCAACCUUCAAGACCAGCUGCUCACGAUAGAAGGCACGGCCGCGCCCUCCGCCAUCGUUGACACCAUCCAGUCCACGGGCCGUGACGCCAUCCUGCGCGGUUCCGGCGGCUCCCACGGCGCCGCCGUCAGCAUCCUCGAGACCUACCACAAACCCACCCUAGACAAGUUCGUGCCCGCCCCAGGCGCCUCCGACCGCAUGGUCCGCGGCCUGGCCCGCAUGGUCCAGGUAAACAACUCGACUACGCUCGUCGACCUCACGCUGCGCGGCAUCGCGCCGGGUACCUACCGCGCUACGAUUCGUGAGUUCGGCGACCUCGCGCGGGGCGUCGAGUCGGCCGGCCCGGUGUGGUCCGGCGCUGCUACGCUGACUGCCGACACCAAGGCGCAGGUUUCUGAUCCCAACGCCCCGCGCGGCGUGCUCGGAACGGUGGAGGUCAACAAGGACGGACACGGGAGCGUGUUCCUUAGCCACCCGUUCCAGAUCUGGGAGUUGAUUGGGCAUGCGCUUGCUGUCGCGCCGGUGUCGGUGGAUGAGAGCAAGGGAAGUGCGUUGGAGAAUGAUGAGAAUACGGUGGUGGGCGUGAUUGCGAGGAGCGCGGGCGUGUGGGAUAAUGAUAAGACGGUGUGCUCGUGCACGGGGAAGACGCUGUGGGAGGAGAGGAAGGAUGAGGUUAAGAAGGGGAUGUUGUGAUUACCUACCAUGAGGUCUGUAUGAUGUGAUGAGGUCAUUUUUGCUAGAUGUACAAUAUGGGUGAUGGAUGGAUGGGUGGCGGGAAGAGGUGGAAAGGUGUAAAAAUUUGGAACAUGUAUA